UGUCCUUUUAUACUUCUCAUCAAAAACUCAAACUCAAACCAACAGCAACAAAGCAAAGCAGUGCAGGUCAAAAUCCUUAACAUCAAAAACCCACGUCUCUCUCUCUCUCUAGCUUUCUCUAUCUUCCAUGGCGGCCGAAAUAACUAAUAAGAAGACUAAUACUAAUACACGCUCAAACCCUCCAAUCUUCUGCGACUCAGUCCCUCACUCUGACAUAUUUUAAGCCUCGCCACCUACAUUCAACCUCUAAAGUUCACGUCUUUUACAUUGAAACCUUCUUAAAACUCUCUCUCUCUCUUUCUCUUUCUCUUUCUUUCUGUCUCUCUUGGUUUUCGUGCUCAUUUGCCACUUUUGCUAAAGCAUCCCCAUUACCUCUCUCUCUCUCUCUCAUUCCGAGAAUUCUCAGCUUUGCUUAGCUUAGCUCAACAUAAGGGCUUCUUCGAGAUCUGGGUUUUCUCGCUUUUGCUUUGAUUUCUCAAAGAUAUCAUUUUUAUCUUCCUUCAUUUCCUUCUACUUCUAUUUCUGUUGGUGGGUUUUGCUUGUUUGAGAUCUGAAAGUGAACCAAAAAUAAAAUAAAAAUGGGAAGCAAAUGGAGGAAAGCGAAGCUGGCGCUGGGUCUUAAUCUUUGUGUGGUUGUUCCAAGAACUUUAGAGGACUCGCCCUCUGUUCUUGAAGCCUCUGAGAGGCACUCUGAUGUUGCUUUGCUCUCACCAGCCAAUUCCAACACGGGUUCAUCUCGGCCCACCACACCUUCACCGUCUUCUCAUGGUUUAUGGUUGUCCAAAAGUGGUAGCAAAUCAUCAAAGCAAACCUGCUCGAUAUGCUUAACCAAAAUGAAACAAGGGGGUGGUCAGGCUAUUUUCACUGCAGAAUGCUCUCAUUCCUUUCAUUUCCAAUGCAUUGCAUCAAAUGUCAAACAUGGCAACCAAAUCUGCCCAGUUUGCAGAGCAAAAUGGAAAGAAAUCCCUGUGCAAGGUCCUAGUUUGAAUCCUUCCCCCGGGAGGGCAUCAAAUGGUCCAGUAGGUUGGCCCCAAAAUGAUGCUUUGAUGACAGUGGUCCGCCGACUACCUCCCCCGCGAAGAGACUUGAAUCGGCGGCAUAUCAUGCCACUAUAUCAAGCUGCGGAUCCAGCUAUAUUUGAUGAUGAUGAAUCCUUAGAUCACCAGCCUGUAUUUUCUGAAAGAGGCUGUUCUUGCGAUAACAAUGCUUCAGAUAACAUGUCUCUUAAAUCAAUAGAGAUCAAGACAUACCCAGAAGUUUCAGCUGCCCCUCAGUCCAAUACUCAUGAUAACUUCACUGUCUUGGUCCAUCUCAAAGCCUCUGCAGCAGUUACAAGCAAAACUCCCAGCAGAAACCAGGCUAGUUUGCCACAAUUUUCUCAGACUCCUCGUGCUCCUGUUGACCUAGUCACAGUGCUUGACAUAAGUGGUAGCAUGGCAGGUACCAAGCUUGCAUUACUUAAGCGAGCUAUGGGGUUUGUAAUUCAGAACCUUGGCUCCAGUGACAGGCUUUCAGUUAUUGCCUUCUCCUCCACAGCUCGUCGCCUCUUUCCCCUCCGUCGAAUGUCUGAACUAGGUCGGCAACAGGCAUUGCAAGCUGUUAACUCUUUGGUUGCAAAUGGCGGGACCAAUAUUGCUGAAGGCCUGAGAAAGGGUGCCAAGAUAAUGGAAGAGAGAAAGGAGAAGAAUCCAGUGGCCAGUAUAAUACUGUUAUCUGAUGGGCAGGACACUUAUACUGUCAGUGGUUCGGGCAAUAACCAGCCGCAACCAAAUUACCGGCUGCUCCUUCCUUUGUCUAUUCAUGGUGGUGAUAAUACAGGAUUCCAGAUUCCAGUGCAUGUGUUUGGAUUUGGUGCGGAUCAUGAUGCUUCAUCAAUGCACUCAAUUUCAGAGAUUUCUGGCGGGACCUUUUCUUUUAUUGAGACUGAAGCUGUGAUCCAGGAUGCAUUUGCACAAUGCAUUGGGGGGCUUUUGAGUGUUGUGGUGCAGGAGCUUCAAGUGGGAGUUGAGUGUGUGCACCCAAAUACCCGACUUGGCUCACUAAAAGCAGGAAGUUACCCCAGCCGUGUGAUGGCUGAUGGACGUGUUGGAUUUAUUGAUGUCGGAGAUUUGUAUGCUGAUGAAGAGAGGGAUUUUCUGGUUUCCGUUAAUGUACCUGCACAGUCUUCCAGCAAUCAAACAUCAUUGCUUAAGGUGAGAUGUGUUUUCAAGGAUCCCUUAACUAAAGAAAUGACAACAUUGGAAAGUGAAGAAGUUAGGAUUGCAAGGCCUGAAAUAGCUGGACAAGUGGUGGUGUCAAUAGAAGUGGACCGCCAACGUAACAGGCUCCAAGCUGCUGAGGCUAUGGCACAAGCACGAGUUGCAGCUGAGCAGGGAGACUUAGCUGGUGCAGUUUCAAUCCUUGAAAAUUGCCGGAAAGUAUUGUCAGAAACUGUGUCAGCCAAAUCUCAUGACCGACUUUGUAUUGCAUUGGAUGCUGAGCUCAAGGAAAUGCAAGAGAGGAUGGCAAGUAGGCAUGUUUAUGAGGCAUCUGGGAGAGCAUAUAUUCUUUCUGGACUAAGCUCACACUCAUGGCAAAGAGCAACAGCAAGAGGAGACUCCACUGAUGGUUCAAGUCUUGUUCAAUCUUAUCAAACUCCAUCAAUGGUUGAGAUGCUUACUCGAUCUCAGGCUAUGUUACUAGGUAGUCCAUCAGCACAAAGGCUUGUCCAACCAUUAUGGUCAGUCGGUUCACAACCAAAGCCAAGGUAAAUUUUGCAGGAUCAUUUUGGGGGUCAUCUUCAAAAAGCUUUUUUUUUGGUCUUUUCUCAUUUCCCUUUAUUUUCAAUUUUAUUCUGGGGAGGGUGAUAAAUUGGAGAGAUAAGAAGAGGGUUUUUCUUUUGGGCUGUGGGUUUUGCUCCUAUCUAAUGUGUAAAUGAAUAAAGAUUGGGGAAAGGACGAAAGGAUAUAUUUGGGGAGUAAAAGGGGACACUAGGUAGAGUUUACAACAUUAUGUUCUUCAAUUUUGUGUUGUGUUGGGGGUGGUGUACAUAGAGGAAUGGUUUUUCUCUUUGAGAGACCUGGGUAUAAGUUUGUAAUUGUGAAAAAAUGGUUGGAUGAACUCUUUUACCUAAUAUAUAAUUCACUUGCUCUCGAUUCUUUCCA